GAGCCGAUGCGAUACUCAAGCCGGACGACGGACACACACGCUCUGAGCGCCGGUGUUUAGUAACGCAUACCGGACAGUUCGGGUACGUACGUGGUCGCGGUCGUCGUCGUGUGGACACUGCUCUGCCUCACAGGUUCGCGCCUAUCGAUCACGAUCUAGGUACCUAUAGAUUGUAUGAAUUGUAUCCACUCGCGAGCGGGCGAAUAGCUCUUCCACGUUUGAUCGUUUUCGCGUCUACCGACGGCAAUAACAUUCGACAUCGGCUCGAAACGAUAAUAAUAUCGUUGUAUAAAGCAUCGACCACAUCACAGGUGCCCAACUCACCCGUCCGCGUCUGAUUCGAGACUCGUAUCGCCGUCGCAUUUUAUAACGAUUCGCAUUUAUUGCUCAAACGUUGCGGUACACACACAUUGAAAUCAUAAUAUUGUCUGCACGACCACCGACACUCUUCGUCACACGGACACGCCGCCGCACUUGCAGCAGCCGUCCCCGCUCGUCCCCGCCGUAUCCGCGUUUAUGCGUGUCCAGUUAUAAUCACCUCUCAAACCUUCUCAUUCAGAUCAAGGACGCAAUACAAUGAGUACCACCAGGAGACAAAGCAAAGAAAAAAUUGAAGAAUCAUGUUUUCGUCAUAAUUUGCUUACUAUAUUGACAAUAGCUUCCGUAGCUGGUGGAGUAAUUUUAGGAUUUAUUUUAAAAGGAUCUAAAUCAGAAUGGACAAAACGCGAAAUAACGUACGUACAAUUCCCUGGCGAUAUUUUCCUACGUAUGUUGAAAAUGUUAAUUGUCCCGUUACUUGUGUCAUCUAUUGUAUCGGCUAUUGGAUCGUUGGAUUUAUCUUUGUCUAAGAAAAUUGGCUUCCAGUCAAUUGCUUAUUAUGCAGCGACCACAUCGAUGGCAGUUUUGCAAGGUAUAUUUUGGGUGAUGUUGAUCCAUCCUGGUAAAAUUAUGAGCCAGGAAGAGCAAACGGCAAGCGUACACCAAGAAACUAGACCAAUCACUACUGUCGACACUAUAUUAGACUUAAUAAGAAAUAUAUUUCCGGCCAAUCUCAUUGAAGCAACUAUAUCGACUUACCGAUCAGUACUUAUCCCUCCUAAGGCACUACCGAACUCAACAGUGAGCGUUCCUGAUAUGACAUUAUGGGAAAUAAAAUCAGAAAUGGUUGAAGGAUCUAACGUGCUUGGAUUAGUCGCAUUCUCUGUAGCUUUUGGUAUAUGCAUCGGAAAAUUGGGACCCACAGGAAAGCCACUUUUAAACUUUUUCGAUAGUUUGGGUGAAGCUGUGAUGUUAAUGACCAACUGGGUGAUAUGGUUAUCGCCAAUGGGUGUGCUCUUUUUAGUAGCAUCCAAAGUAUUGGAAUUGGACGAUUUUGGCGUGAUUGUUGGCAGACUAGGAAUGUACUUCUUGACAGUAGUGCUUGGAUUGUUCGUCCAUGGAUUUGUUCUAUUACCACUCAUGUACAGUUUAUUCACACGUCAAUUGCCUUUCCAAUUCACAAUGAACAUGGGCCAAGCUAUCAUAACAGCCUUCGGAACAGCUUCCAGUUCUGCAUCUUUGCCAAUUUCAAUGGCCUGUCUAGAAGAAAACAAUAAAAUUGACGUCCGAGUUUCACGGUUUGUAAUGCCUAUUGGAGCAACAAUCAACAUGGAUGGUACCGCCUUGUACGAAGCAGUGGCCGCAAUUUUUAUUGCCCAACUGAAAGGCAUACAAUUAAGUUUUGGUCAAAUUGCAGCUGUAAGUGUGACAGCUACUAUGGCAUCUAUUGGAGCAGCUGGAAUUCCUCAGGCAGGAUUAGUUACAAUGGUGAUGGUUUUGGACACAUUAGGACUACCAGCAGAUGAUGUUUCGUUGAUCAUUGCUGUAGAUUGGUUGCUCGACCGAUUCCGAACCACUGUGAAUGUGCUUGGAGACGCUUACGGUGCUGGAAUUGUUGCAAAAUUGGCAGAAAACGAUUUGGAAAUUUUGUCUUCCAACGGAACUGUGGAAGCAGGUAAAGUGCCCAAUGAUGAAUGGCACACAACAUCUAUGUAGACACAAUCAGCCAUUUUUAUUUUCGUUCUGUGACUACAUUUUCUAUUUUCCGUUCUAUUUUAGAACAUUUAAACUUAAUCUUAAUAAGGGUGUACCUUCA